AUGGCCAUAUUUUUGGAGGAGAUGGCCAGUAGUACUGCUAAGCCCAUGGACGGUGUCCAGGACCAGGUGAGGGCCAUCACCGCUGAAAUGGUGGCACUACAACGGACUGAUUUACGGAACAGAAUGGCCCUCAAUUUUGUUCUGGAUGGAAAAGGAGGUGCGUAUGCUGUUGUAGGACAAGAGCGCUGCAACUACAUCCCAGAUGAAUCAGAGAACCUUACCUCUCUCUCUGUUCACAUUCAAAAGGAGGCAGUUAUUUGGCAUGCACUUAACCAUUAUGCUUAUCGGGAUGCUGUCUUCCUUGCAGAAAGGCUCUAUGCUGAAGUUUGUUCCGAAGAUGCUCUGUUUCUCUUAGCAACCUGCUAUUAUCGCUCUGGUAGAGCGUACAAAGCCUAUCGGCUUUUGAAAACUCAUAGUUGUACUACUCCUCAAUGCAAAUAUCUUCUUGCCAGAUGUUGUAUAGAUGUAAACAAACUGGCAGAGAGUGAACAGAUUUUAGCUGGUGGAAUACUGAACAAACAGAAAAGACAUGAUGAUAUUACUACAGAGUUUGGAGAUUCAGCAUGUUUUUCAUUGUCUUUAUUAGGACAUAUAUACUGUAAAACAGAUCGAAUGGCCAAAGGAGCAGACUGUUAUCAAAAGAGCCUUAGUCUAAAUCCUUUUCUCUGGACCCCUUUCGAAUCUUUAUGUGAAAUAGGUGAAAAGCCAGAUCCUGAUAAGAUAUUUAAAUCAAUAUCUCUCCAGAGUUUUAAUACUUAUCAUCCAUGUUUAUGUAUGCCAUUGGUUUUGAAUCAUGGUGGGCAACACUACAAGCAAACUGACACUGUGAUGAUGGAAACGGUGGCAGAAGACACUGUUGAAUUAAACAAGUUAAAUCUUGAAUCAGCAACCAACUCAAAAUAUUCAUCAACGAUGACUGAAUCUUCAGCAUCAUUAUUUGAUCCUUCUGUGAUUUCUCCUGAUGCUCUACAACUUGGUUCUGGAACAUCAGUAUUGUCAAAACAACAAGUAAACAGACCGAAGUCUGGAAGGAGCUUGCUUGGUGGCCCUGAAAGCCCAAGUUCCCUAACACCAAGCUUUGGAGUUUUGCCCCCGGAUACCACAAGUGCAGGUGAUGGAUCUUUUUUGCCAAGCUGUACAAAUUCUUCCAUAAUUGAUUCAUCUUCCACAGGGGCCCUGACAAAAAAGUCUGUAGCAAGAAUAUCACCAGGUAGAACCAAGUCUGUAUUUGCGCAGAGUGGAAACAGUCGUGAUACAAUUGCAUUUCCACUGACACAGACGCAAACCCCAAGCCCACGCACCAGUGCAGCACAGGUGCUAUUUCCAACAAGCACAGACCCUACCAGUAAUGCAUCACCCCAGCAAAGUUCUAGACCACUUACAAGUGUCAGUUCAACUACAAAGGAGAAUAGUAAAAAGUUGAAGAUGAAGUUUCCAUCUAAAAUUCCAGACAGAAAGCUAAAAAUCAAAAUGAGCAAAGGAGGCAUAAUACAGUCAAACUAUAACGACAGCUUAGAAAUCAGCAAGCUUGAUUCCUUGGUCAUCCCGGAAGGCAAAAUCUCCUUUGUCACACCUCAAGUGCAGGCCUUUAAUAUACCGAAAGCAACUUCAGAUGCACUGAUGAGCCUUCUGCGUGAGAUGGGGAAAGGAUAUUUGGCACUUUGUUCUUACAGCUGUAAGGAAGCAAUUGAUAUCCUAAGUCAGUUGCCCACGCGUCACUAUAACACUGGUUGGGUACUAUGUCAAAUAGGAAGAGCGCACUUUGAACUGGCUGAAUACGUGCAGGCAGAGAGGAUAUUUUCAGAAGUGAGGCAUAUUGAAAGUUAUCAAGUGGAAGGUAUGGAGAUUUAUUCCACCACAUUGUGGCACCUGCAGAAGGAUGUCUCACUCUCUCUUCUCUCCAAGGAUCUCACAGACAUGGAUAAAAAUUCACCAGAGGCUUGGUGUGCAGCAGGGAACUGCUUUAGCUUGCAGCGAGAGCAUGAUGUAGCAAUCAAAUUCUUCCAGAGAGCCAUUCAAGUAGAUCCAAAUUUUGCUUAUGCAUACACUCUGCUUGGCCAUGAGUUUGUAUUAACAGAAGAGUUGGACAAAGCACUCACCUGCUUUCGAAAUGCAAUUCGGGUAAACUCACAGCACUAUAAUGCCUGGUAUGGUUUGGGGAUGAUCUACUGUAAGCAAGAGAAGUUCAACCUAGCAGAAAUACAUUUUCGAAAGGCUCUUAAUAUCAACCCCCACAGUUCUGUAUUGCUGUGCCACAUUGCUGUGGUCCAGCAUGCUUUAAAGAGGUCUACAAGUGCACUCGAAACACUAAAUAAAGCCAUAAGCAUAGAUCCAAAAAAUCCCCUAUGCAAAUUCCACCGAGCCUCCAUUUUGUUUGCCAAUGAAAAAUACAAGGCCGCUUUGCAGGAGCUUGAAGAAUUGAAGCAAAUAGUUCCCAAAGAGUCACUUGUUUACUUCCUAAUAGGAAAGGUUUACCAGAAACUAGGGCAGACACACCUGGCUCUGAUGAAUUUCUCCUGGGCCAUGGACCUUGAUCCCAAGGGAGCCAACAACCAGAUCAAAGAAGCUAUUGACGAACGUUACUUACCAGAUGAUGAAGAGUCUGUAACAAAUGAUGGUCUCCAAAAUGAGGGUCAUCAGUAUGACUUAGCUGGAACAGAUGAAUCCCAGGAAAGUAGCAUGACUGAUGCUGAUGACACCCAGUUACAUGCAGCAGAAAGUGAUGAGAGCUUCAAUCUGUAA